CAUCCGCUGCCGUCUCGGCCUGGGCAUACGCAACCAACCAACUGAGAUCUUGAGAGUGGAAAUGUAGUGGUACUAGAAAAACCAAGUUGGAUUUUGGUAGAAGUAUCUUGGCUUGGAGUGGCGCUCAUGGCCGCCGCCGGCACCUUUCCACGCUGCCAUGGCGAAAACGCCUCUACUCUUUGUUUUGCUUAAAGAAACAAUCAGGGACCAGGACGCGAUCGAUCGGAGACGAUUCCUUCACCUGCUGCCACUCUCUGCCACCAUGCUUCUUUCUUCCCUAGCUUUUGUUGUUCCCUUCUUGCCUUCUACUGCUACUACACCUUGCUGAGCUCGCGCCACUGAGCUGCGACCAGCUUCUCGAGUAUCUCUAUCAAUCCAGAUAGAUCACGGGCGCCAGCCGGGAGGGAUGAGUGUGCGGGGAAAUCCGGCGGCUGCUUCUGCUGCUGCCGGAGAUGAAGGGGGAGAGACGGCGGAGGAGCUACUGGCGCGCGUAGCCGGGAUGGUGCCGGCGGCGGUGGACGCGGCGACAACCGCGGCAGGGUUCCCGGGGCGGUGGAAGGCGAUCGCCGCGAAGCUGCGCACGCUCCCGGACCGCCUGUCCGACCUGUCCAGCCACCCCUGCUUCACCCGGAACGCGCUGUGCCGCGAGCUGCUGCAGUCCGUGGCCGCCACGCUCGCCGACGCGGCCGAGCUCGCCGCGCGCCCGCCCGGCGCCGGGAAGCUUCAGAUGCAGAGCGCCAUCGACGCGCUGGGCGCCAGGCUCGACGUCAACAUCCGGGACUGCACGCUGCUCGUCCGGACCGGCGUGCUGUCCGACGCCUCGACUCCUCCUCCGGCGGCGGCCAAGACGGACGUGCGGGAGCUGCUCGCGCGGCUGCAGAUCGGGCACGGCGAGGCCAAGGGCCGGGCGGUGGACGGGCUGCUGGACGCCCUGAACAAGGACGAGAAGAGCGUCCUGUCCGCGCUCGGCCGCGCCAGCGUCGCCGCGCUGGUGCAGCUGCUCACGGCGCCGGCGCCCGCGGUGCGGGAGAAGGCCGCCACGGUGGUAUGCCAGCUCGCGGACUCGGGAAACUGCGAGGCGCUGCUGGUGUCGGAGGGCGCGGUGGCGCCGCUCCUCCGGCUGGCCGAGUCGGGCAGCAGCCUCGCCGCCCGCGAGAAGGCCGUGCUCACGCUGCACCGCCUCUCCGCGUGCCCCGACGCCGCGCGCGCCAUCGCCGGCCACGGCGGCGCGCGCCCGCUCGUCGAGAUCUGCCAGACGGGGGACUCCGUGUCGCAGGCCGCGGCCGCCGGCGCGCUCAAGAACCUCUCCGCGGUGCCGGAGGCGCUGCGCGCGCUGGCCGACGAAGGGAUCGUGCGCGUCAUGGUCGGCCUGCUGGACCACGGCACGGUGCUCGGCUCCAAGGAGCACGCCGCGGACUGCCUGGAGAACCUCACGUCCGCCAGCGACGGCUUCCGGCUCGCCGUGGCGUCCGACGGCGGGCUGCGGAGCCUGCUGCUCCACCUCGACGCGCCGUCGCCGCGGGAGUCGGCGGUGCGCGCGCUCGGGAACAUCGUGUGCGCCGUCGCCCCCGACACCCUCGUGUCCCUCGGCGCGCUCCCGCGGCUGGCCCACGUGCUGCGGGCCGGCUCCACCGGCGCGCAGCAGGCGGCGGCGUCGGCGGUGUGCAAGAUCGCCGGCAGCGGCGAGAGGGACAUGAAACGCCUCCUCGGCGAGCACGGCUGCGUGCCGCCGCUGGUGCGGAUGCUGGACGCCAAGUCCGCCGGCGCGCGCGAGGCGGCCGCGCAGGCGCUGGCGAGCCUGGCGGCGCACCCGGCCAACGCGCGGGAGGCGAGGCGGGACGACCGGAGCGUGCCCAGCCUCGUGCAGCUGCUGGACCCGGCGCCGGCGAACUCGGCCAAGAAGUACGCCAUCGCGUGCCUGCUGGCGCUCUCGUCGGCGAAGCGGUGCAAGAAGCAGAUGAUCUCGCACGGCGCCAUCGGGUACCUCAAGAAGCUCACCGACAUGGAGGUCGCCGGCGCCGGGGACCUGCUCCAGCGGCUGGAGGACCGCGGCGGGCUCCGGAGCAUCUUCAGUAACGGUUGA